AUGUCCUCCUCAUCUCUAGUACUGAAUUCCAUAGAGGAAUCUGGAAGAAAUAUUACACUGGAUGAAUUUAGAACAUCGAUUUCUUCACCACAUGUUGGCACGCCUGGAGAAGGAAUGGAUAUUUCCAUUCACUUCUCAAUGGAACCAGUAGUUAAAACAACACCCGCUCAUGUCUAUGCCCUUAGUGACGGUGAAGGAUCCAUUACAGAGAGACAUUUUCCUUCGUCUCCUCUUUCUACAUCAAGUAGUCAUGUAAAACGAGUUUCUAAAACUCUCGUUGCUCUUUCUAAAUGUAUACUAGUGAAUGGUAAUAACAACAAUGUUUCUUCCCCUAGCUCACCAACUAAAAAGGAGCAAUUGAAUGGAAGUUUCUAUGCUGAUAAUGAUUGUGUUAUUGUAGUUCCUCCAGGAUCUGUUGCUGAGUCUUUCAAUUCAUUGAGUCCUCGUGCUCCAGAACUAUCACCAAUAUUGUCGAGUAGUGGUAACAUUGAUGCUAAACUGGUGAUUGAUAGACUUACUGAAAUGAUUAAAAAUAAUGAAAUGCCCUCAACGAGAAAAGUGACACCUCAAACAUAUUCCUGCCCAAGCUCUCCAAAGUCUCCUUGCUCUGACUCUUGUAGUACAUUCAGUCAGGACGAUGAUUGUGAUGGUACUCUCAUUGGACCGAGUGUUAUACAAUGUAUUACUAAUGAAAUGUUAUGGCCUCAACACUCUUUUUGUUCCUUAUGCCAUUUAGCGGCCAAGUAUAAUAGUGUAGAAGUUUUGGGAUGGUUAAAGGAUUGUUGUUGUGAUGAGGAAUGUACUGGUAGCCAUUCAACUACUACUGAAAUGCUUGUAGAACAUACGGUUCCAACUCCUGUCGAUGCGUCAGCUGUUCAAUCUGUCUCCCCUUACUCUAUCAACGAUUGUCAGUCACCACUCUCAGGCAAGCCAACUCCAACAAAUGAUACUUUUUCUACUAACUCUGUAAUUUCCAACACUACCUCUUAUAUGUCUGGUCAUUUUCAUAAUAAUGAUCAUCAACAUAAUUCCUCUUCAUCGCCUUCUCAUCAAGCUCACCACUCUAAUAGCUGUUUGAAUAGACAGAGAGAGUUAUGGAGUAUUGUAGAUAAUCAGUCCUCAUCACCAUUAAUGUAUGCCGUUCAUUCAGGAUCUCAUGAUGCUUCCGUUUUUCUUUGUUCUCAGCCAACUGUACAGAAUCAACUCAAUUUUACACGAGAUAAGUUUGGAAAUCUUCCCAUUGUUCUAGCAUUGAAAAAGAGAGAUUUUGAGUUGUGUGACAUUCUUCAAUUAUUUGGAGCCAAGAUAGAUACUAUAGGUGGAGUUCAAUUGGGAGAAAGUUUACUUCAUUCUGCUUUGAGAGAAAGAGAUGUGACUACAGCCGAAUAUUUAAUAAGAAAGAAUCCAAAAAUUAUACUGAAGAAAAAUCAAAGAGAUGAAAUCCCAUUAUUUAGAUGUCUUACAGAUAAUAGACCUACCAGUGUGAAUAAGCUAAUUACCAUUAGUCUUCCUGGAGAUUCUCAAAAAUCUCCCAGUCUUAGAUCGAAUAGGGUUUCAAUUAGAGAGACUCAUAAGGUUGGAGAGCACUCUCUUGCACUUUCUCAAUUUUUGCAGAAAUCAACCGAGUGGAUUGAUAUCGAGCUCAUUGAAAAGUCAAUCAGCUCUAAAAAUUCGUUUGGAAGAAACUUACUUUUGGAGGCUGUUGCAAUCAAUGAUGUUGACUCGACUAAGGUGAUUUGUGAGUUUAUCAGCCAAAACUAUUCUUCAUUUGAAACACAAAGCAAUUCAAAAAGAGUCAAAUCUUACGAGGACAUUAUUUUAGAUACAGAUAAGAUUUACUUUAUGAAUAUAAUUCAAACAGCAGUUUCUUCAAGCUUACAAGUUAUACAGAACAGAAGAGAGGAAUUUUUAUAUGUAUUUGCUGGAUUGAAAUGGUUGAUAGACUGGUUAGAUAGCAUGUUUAAUCAACCAUUCAGCACAAUAUCUUUGCAUGGUAUGUUGGCCUUCAAAGAUUCGAGAGGGUUAACUGCUUUUGAUAUGGCGAGUAAGGAUAAGGAAUCUUGUGCGUUCAGUACAAUAAUGUCUCAAUUUCUUGUUGAGACAGAAUCAAGGUGGAAACCAACCAAAGCACAACACCAAUCAAUGGUUCUUACAAAACGACGUUCAUCUAUUAGUUUAUCUGCCAAAAGUACUUCCUCAACUCCCAACAGUCCUUCUUCUCCAUCAAGUGGUGGACUAUUCUCAAAGCUCAAAUCUAAAUUUCACAAGCACACAUCUUCAAGGCAGUUAAAAUAAACAAUAUUAGAUUUUGCUCAAGUCAACUUCUGCUAGAAUUCCCAAAUGGUCCGAGACAAGAAUUUCCGAACCAUUCUCCAAUUUGGUUUUCCACUCAAUAAGUUUGUAGGAUAACUUGUCAUCAUUUGUUUGUUUUGGUACUGUAACUAGCACUCUAUCCAAACAUUCAUCUUUGUGAGUUUCUGGAUGUGUAGAUCUAUCACCCAAAACAUCUCUAAAUUCAUAUUUUUCAUGGUAUUGACUACACACUCUUUCAUUCAAUUUUCCCAUAAUUUCCUCAUAGAAAGGAUCUGAUCUCGAACAAAUAUUGAAAUCACCAGCAAUUACAAUAGACUGCUUUUCAUGUUUGUUUUUUAAAAAGCUUGGCAUGGUACAUUCUCUAACAAAUGUUGUGAGCUCAUCAAGUUGACCUCUUCUAACUUCUGUAUCGUGUGCAUCCAUAUGAAGAGUGAAAAGAAAGAUAAUUCCUUCUUG